CAUGCUCAGUAGCGAAACCUAUAAUCAUAGGAAGGAGUAAAGAUGUCUGCUACGUUAAAGCCGUACCUUAAUGCCGUCAGGAGUACUCUGACUGCUGCCCUGUGCAUUGAGAACUUUGAAUCCCAAGUUGUAGAAAGACACAACAAGCCUGAAGUUGAAGUCAAAAGUAGCAAAGAGCUGCUACUGACUCCUGUUGUUGUUAGUAGAAAUGAGAAAGAGAAGGUUUUGAUUGAGGGUUCAGUCAAUUCGAUAAGAGUCUCCAUUGCCAUCAAACAGGCUGAUGAGAUUGAGAAGAUUCUCUGCAAGAAGUUCAUGCGAUUCAUGAUGAUGAGGGCUGAGCAUUUCUUUGUCCUGAGGAGAAAACCAAUUGAAGGUUAUGACAUUAGUUUCUUAAUAACUAACUUCCAUACCGAACAAAUGUACAAACACAAACUAGUGGAUUUUGUUAUACAGUUUAUGGAAGAGAUUGACAAAGAAAUCAGUGAAAUGAAAAUCUCGCUAAAUGCACGUGCCCGUAUUGUUGCAGAAGAAUUUCUCAAAAAUUUCUAAACCAAGUUUUAGCUGCUUACAGAUGUGUGUCGUGUCAGUCGACAUUUGUAUGUUAUUUAGAAACUGUUCUUAGAUUGGAUUAGUUUGUGUCUAUUAUUAUUAUUAUUAUUUUAUUCUUGAUUAAUUAAAAACAAAAUGGCGGCCAGCAUUUUGGCCGUAUACAUCCA